AUGGCAUGUAACAUACCUAACCAACGACAGCGGACAAUGUCAACAUCUGGAAAAGCUCUGUAUGAAAUUCUUGGUCUGCAUAAGGGAGCAUCAAAUGAAGAAAUUAAAAAGACCUACAGAAAAUUGGCCUUAAAACAUCAUCCAGACAAGAAUCCAGAUGAUCCAGGGGCUGCUGAAAAGUUUAAGGAAAUCAACAACGCCCACACAAUUCUUACUGACAUGUCAAAAAGAAACAUUUAUGACAAAUACGGAUCACUGGGACUCUAUGUGGCCGAGCAAUUUGGAGAUGAAAAUGUUAAUACCUACUUCAUGCUGUCAAGCUGGUGGGCAAAGACUCUGUUUGUCAUCAUUGGCCUCUUGACCGGCUGCUAUUUCUGCUGCUGUCUGUGCUGUUGUUGCAACUGCUGCUGUGGACGCUGCUGGACUAAGUCACCUAUGCCAGAAGAGGACUUCUACGUGUCUCCAGAGGAUCUUGAGGAGCAGAUCAAGACAGACAUAGCAAAAGAUACGGACUUUCCAGUUGUUCUCCAGCCCACAAAUGCAAAUGAGAAAACACAGCUAAUCAGAGAAGAACCUCGAAGUUAUUGUACAGACUCUUAA